GCCAGUGCAGCCAACGGUUUGCAAUGUUCCGACCUGCUGACGUAAAAUACCACCCUCCAUUACAUUAAGUGUGGUUUGAUCACAUUAGAAGUAUGGAAACCUUUCAGGAAUCCUAUGGCAGAGAUCAUGCUUUGUUAUCUUUUGGGCAUCUGCUUCGUAUUGGAGACGAACAGCACCAUUGAAGACAGCACAUACCUUUGAGAAUCGGUUUCUUUGUAGGGUCAAAGUGGUGCGUGCACCUUUGGCGCUUUCUUUCUUUGUAAUGUCCCGCUUGGAGAUCAUAUCGCCCGAAGGGCUCCGCGUUGAUGGGCGUAGGCCUCUGGAGCUCCGAAGAGUAAAUUCCCGUACGGCUGUCCUUUCACAAGCCGAUGGCUCUGCAUAUAUUGAACAAGGGAACACAAAGUGCUUGGCCGCUGUUUACGGUCCCAGAGAACCAACGAAACGAGCAGCCCUACUACAUGAUCGGGCUUUGAUCAAUGUGGAGUACAGUGUUGCCAGCUUCAGCUCAGGGGAGCGAAAACAAAAGCUACGCAGAGAUAGACGCCUUAUGGAAAUUGCUUCAACCAUCAAACGCACAUUUGAGAACGUCAUCCUUACCACCACUUUCCCACGAUCGGAGAUCGAUAUCUAUCUCCAGGUCCUUCAAAUUGAUGGAGGUGCUCUUCACACUGCCAUUAACGCUGCGACUUUGGCGUUGGUGGAUGCGGGCAUCCCCAUGACGGAUUACGUAUGUGCUUGUUCCGCUGGAUAUGUGAACAAUCAAGCCAUAUUGGAUUUAAAUUAUCUAGAAGAAUCUGCGGAAAUACCAACGCUAACUGUUGCCUUGCUACCAAAGAGUGGCAAAAUAACAAUGCUCGGACUUGAAUCGCGACUACAUCUGGAUAAGCUUGAACCGGUAAUACAACUUGCGUCGGAUGGCUGUAAGCAAUUAAAAGAGAAUAUCGAUGCAACAAUACGAGAGUCCACAAAGUCUCUUGCAAAGACAAUCUUACAAUAGCCGUUGCAAAAGGGACACCAUGAAAUGGUCAUAGCGUAGGGCUUGUACAUAUGCGUGUUAUGAUAAACUACAAUAGAUAAGAAAUCGCGCCACUGUAUUAAGAGGCAGCAGC